UGCCUCUGGGUUCCGGAAUCCAGCCCCGCCCUCGCUGACUGCCCUGCACAGUAGGCUGGGCCGGCAUAAGCAGGAUAUAAAGCCUGCAAGUGCUCAGCUCUUACCCCACCGGCUCGCACUAGCCUAGGCUGUAGCCCGAAGGAUCGCUCCGAAGAGUUGUCCUGGCAACCAGCUGCUCAGCCAAUCAGCGCUUGGUAUUACGAUCCGCACUCUACAUCUGGAGCCAUGGCGGCGAGAAGAGCCCUGAUUGUAUUGGCCCAUUCAGAGAGAACAUCAUUCAAUUAUGCCAUGAAAGAGGCGGCCAUACAGGCUCUGAAGAAGAAAGGAUGGGAGGUCAUGGAAUCUGACCUCUACGCUAUGAACUUUAACCCCAUCAUUUCCAGAAACGACAUCACAGGUAAGCUGCAGGACUCGGAGAACUUUCAGUAUCCUUCUGAGUCAUCUCUAGCAUAUAAGGAAGGCCGCCUGAGCCCAGAUAUUGUGGCUGAACAGAAAAAGCUGGAAGCUGCAGACCUGGUGAUAUUUCAGUUCCCAUUGUAUUGGUUUGGGGUGCCCGCCAUUCUCAAAGGCUGGUUUGAGAGAGUGCUCGUGGCAGGAUUUGCCUAUACCUACGCCACCAUGUAUGACAACGGUCCUUUCCAGAAUAAGAAGACCUUACUCUCCAUCACCACUGGGGGUAGCGGCUCCAUGUACUCUCUUCAGGGUGUCCAUGGGGACAUGAACGUCAUUCUCUGGCCAAUUCAGAGUGGCAUUCUGCGUUUCUGUGGCUUCCAGGUCUUAGAACCUCAACUGGUGUACAGCAUUGGCCACACUCCACCAGAUGCCCGCACACAGAUCCUGGAAGGAUGGAAGAAGCGCCUGGAUACUGUCUGGGAGGAGACCCCACUCUAUUUUGCUCCAAGCAACCUGUUUGACCUAAACUUCCAGGCAGGAUUCUUACUGAAAAAGGAGGUUCAAGAGGAGCAAAAAAAGAACAAGUUUGGCCUCUCCGUGGGCCAUCACCUGGGCAAGUCCAUUCCGGCUGACAACCAGAUCAAAGCUAGAAAAUAAGAUUUUUUUUUUCUAACAUGUAGUUAGACCCAGCUUUCUUUUUUCCCAGCUUGCCUGAUUGCUUUUAUUUUUUUUCCCUUUGCUCCGCUUUUUUGGAUAGUUCUGCCGUGGCCAUAACAGCAAAAUGAAUGAAGUCAUAUUAGGGGCUUCAGGUGGUCUGGGAUAUGAAUCAGGGAGAAGUACAGAGACAAGCUGGAAAAUACUCUUCUAGGUCAUUUAUGCAAUAUAUGCCCUUUUCUUAGGGCUAGCCCCAGCUAGAUGGCAUCCAAUCCUCCAUUGGUUCAUUGCCUUUAAUUACCUCUCUGUGGUUUAGGGCAGAAGGGAAUUGCUCAAAGAAAACAAGGGCUGAGGGACUAACUUGUUUAGCACUUAGCAGUUAGCUAAAGCCUGUUUAUGAUACAUCCUGGUUUCAAUUACUGUGCAAUGACUGACAUGCCACCCAGGGGAUUGCUCCCCAGCUCUUCUCAGUCUUGUACACAGCACACCCAGGUCCUGGGAAAUGAAUAUUAAAACAGAUCUCCGUCUCAUUCUUUCGUUUUUUUGUUUUGUUUUGUUUUGUUUUGUUUUUGUCAAAAUAAAUGAAUAUAUCAUA